GGGGUGGCGGGGGGGCAGGAAGCAACCAGAACACGGUUAUUCAUUCAACAGCUCCUUAUCCAUCACCUUCUUGCCAAGUGUGGUUGCAGGCGCCAGGGAAAUAGCAGAGAAGGACACAGACGAACCUGUGCCCUUGGGGUGAUGAGAGCUUGGUAAACAAGAGUGUCGGGUGGUGAAAGCUGGGCAAGGCACGGGGAUGGGACCGAGCCGCCCAGGGGGACAUGAGGGCAGGGGUGGGAGUGAGAAGGCCUGCUGGGAAGGUGAUCAGGGAGGGAGUGCAGAUGUCCAGGAUGGGAGGAGCAGAAUGGGCAAAGGACACAGCCAGUACAAAGGUCCUGGGGCAAGACCAUGCCCGUGCAGAAAACUUCCUGCGGACCAUGGAGACCUGGAGUCGACCCCGGGGCUUCCAGCCGGAGGAGGAGCCCUCGAGCCAGGUCUCGGGUGGGCUGGCUGACCGGCACUCCUGGGGGCCCCCCAGCCCCGAGGCUUCCCCGCACCCGGCGCUCCCGACCCCGCCGCGCUCCAGUCUCCGGGGGCCACACUUCGAGGAUGUCGUGGCCGCGAGGUCCUCAGACUGGCUCACGCAGCGCUCUGGGGUGGACGACGCCCCAGCCCACCAGCUGGACACGCCGGCAUCCUGGGACUCGGAGCCCCAGCUCUGGCAGGACGUCCUGACCGAGCAGCUCUGGCAGAUCUUCGCCGGGACCCACAAUAAGGGGGAGCGGCUGCAGCACACACUGACAGAGCAGGCGCCAGGACUGGAGAGUCAGGACCUGGGACCGCGCUACUCAGGACCGGAACCACGUAUGGAAGACACUUUGGUUCUCAGCCCACCUGUGCCCUCCCUCAGCUCCCCUGAGGGCUCCCACGAAGGGAGCACAGAGCCAGGCACCGAGGCGGACGGGAUGCUCUCCCGAGUGGCCCAGGAGCCUGCUGGGAGAGCCCGCCCUUUCCUGAAGCCCAUAUGCUGGGACCCUGAGGACUUUGACGACACGUGGAAGAGACCGGACGCCUUGCCCUGGCAAUCCAAGAAGUGGGCCAUCCCACACAGAAUGGAGAAGGUGCGGACGCUGGAACACGGGGAGCCCGUGCUGGCCACGGCUGUCAGCAGCUUCGUGCGACACGCCUUCACCUGUGGCAGGGGUGGUGUCAAAGUGUGGAGCCUGGCCAGCCAGGUGGUAGAGGACAGGUAUCCCGAGAGCCACCUGUGCGUACAGACCCGCCGGGCCUACCUGCGCACCUGCCUGCUGUCCUCAGACAGCACGACCCUGCUCGCGGGUGGCCACAACCUGGCUGGCGUGGGCGUGUGGGACCUGACCGCGCCCUCCCUGCACGUGAGCGGUGAGCUGCCCUGCGCGGGCCUCACCUGCCAGGCCCUGGCCUCCAAGCCUGAGGACAGCCUGGCCUUGGCUGGUUUCACGGAGGGCACAGUCAGGAUCUGGGACCUACGGGACCAGAGUGUCAUCAGGGACCUGCCGGGCCACCCGAAUGGGGCCAAGAGCAUUGCUGUCAAAGACCAGAACGUCUGGACAGGGGGUCUGGACACCUGUCUGCGGUGCUGGGACCUGAGGGCUGCCAGAGAGCCUCAGGAGUACCAGUUUGAGUCUCAGAUAAUGAGCCUGUCCCCUAGUCCCCAGGAGGACUGGGUGCUGGUGGGCACAGCCAAUGGCCAGCAGUGGCUGCAGCCCACCCGAGGGGGCCAGAAGCACAUGGUGGGGUGUAAGGACGGCACCAUCCUGGGUCUGAAGUUCUCCCCCCUCGGCCAGUGGUGGGUGAGCGUCGGGACGGACAACCUGGUUGGCGUCUAUAGCAUGCCAGCGGGGGCCGUGGAGCUCCAGGUACCCGAGACCUCCUCCAUCCUGUGCUGUGAUGUGUCCCCCAACAACCGCCUGAUUGUCACGGGGUCCAGGGACCACGCCUCUGUGUACCAGGUCACCUACUGAAGGGCUUGGUACCAGUUGUCCUGACUUGGGCUCCUUUUUUUCUUUUUUUUUUUUUGUCCUUUUCCCCCAGCAAGGUGGAGGCAUAAUGGUGGAGGGGUGUGGUGGGCGAGCCGGGUCUCUUCCGCAUUGCGCAAUGGGGCCGGCGAUCUUUGUCACAUGUAAUAAAGCAAUUGGAAAUA